GACCAAUAAUUUGAGGAGGAGGGAGUAUAGUUAAAAAAUUGUGAGCUCUUUGGGAUAUCCUUAUUUAUGAGUGUAAUAAUAGAACAAUUGCAGAGUAAAAUUGAAUAUUGAGAGCAGGCGAUGAGCAUGAAGAAGCACCUUCAUCUCUUCCUCUUCACAAUAGUCUUCUUCUCCAUGGCAGUGGUGAAUGAAGUUGGAGGCUCCUUGCAAUAUCCAGUAGUUGUAAGCACGUGGCCUUUUUUGGAAGCAGUUAGAGCUGCGUGGAAGGCCGUUGAGGGUGGUUUGUCUGCAGUAGAUGCAGUUGUGGAAGGUUGUUCUGCUUGUGAGAAACUAAGAUGUGAUGGUACAGGUAUACAGCCACUCUCAUUUCUACUAAUAUUUCUCUUAUUUCAUGACUGAUUAAUUGAAAUAGGAAAGUAAAAUUUGUGAUCCAGAGUUUAUUAAUAUAUCACUAUAGCGAAUUGGAUGUUGAAUUAAACAAGUCAAAUGCAUUUUUGAUGUUAUAAGUACAAAAUGGAUGUAGUCUAGAUAAUUUUUGUAAUUUACUUUUGGAAAUUCUGCGCGUCACUUUUUGGUUUUCAUUUCCUGCUUAAAGCCUAUGAUUCCGCUCGCUUUUACCUUUUUCGUUUUUUAAAAACAUUGAUAAAAAGAUCUAUGAUAUUUGAGUUGGUAUAAUAUUUUUAAAAUUUUCAAUAGGUGAAUCGAACAUGCCAUCUAUGUCAAGUAAUUAGUAAACCCUCUGUUCCAAAAAGAUUGGCACUUGUCGCUUUUCGAGAGUCAAACUUUUUAAUUUUGACCGUGAAUAUAGAAUCUUCAAUUUUUUUCGAAAUAAAAUUUACAUAUUUGGAAACUACGUAAAAAGUACUAUAAGUCACCAUAAUUAAUAAUU